GCGGCGGCGGAGUGUCAGUCAGUCUGUGCUGGAAUGUGAGCCCUGAGCUCGCGCUCUCAUCGAGGCCUGAGCGGGGCGGCGGCGGCGCGGCGGCCUCGGGCAGCUUCAGCGGGUGAAUUUCAAAGCGCUCCCUUCCUUCUUGUCAGUCUCGGUGCCAUGCGGAAACGGCGGUGACGGCAGACACUGACUGACGCAAACGUUGAGCUGGAAGUUUGAGAUCCAGAGCUUUCACAGACGCUGCGCUCGGCUUAACCGGGGUGUCAAAUCCUGGCACCAUCGUUCUCUUCAGAUCGUUAAAGAUGGCUGCACAAGUCCUGGAACAGUCCAGUGGAACCAGUAUGUUUUCUGCCUCAAACAUUGGAGUAUCAUCAAACGAGAUUUGUGGCCUCAAUUACCUCUCCAAGGGUGACCUGUCAGCAGCGCCACAGCUAGUUAUGUUAGCAAACGUUGCUUUAACUGGUGACAUUGGGUGCUACGAUUGUCAGGAGGACCGUCUGAUGGCUGAACUGAAAACUGUAGAUGAUACUUUAUCAGACAACGGAGAAGAAUUGGGAGCUGAUCUGCCUGAUGUUUUACAAUCUGAGAGGCGAAACACGGAAAACCAAGCCAUGCCAAGAAAUGAAAAUAAAGAUGAAUCUUUGACUGUUUCUCAGAACAUUUGUGACUCAAAUAUUAAUUCAUCAGAAGUCGUGACACCAGAGUGCUCGGUUGAUAAAGGAAAAAAGUCCAAACCGUUUCGUUGCCGGCCCUGUCAGUACGAAGCAGAGUCUGAAGAGCAGUUUGUGCAUCACAUCAAAGUACAUAGUGCCAAAAAAUUCAUUGUGGAAGAAAAUGCAGAAAAGAAAAACAAAUCCAAAGUUGUAACUGUUGAUUCUGAAGAGAUUGACAUUUCUAAAGGGCCUAUUCGCUGCGAUAGGUGUGGAUAUAACACCAACCGAUACGAUCAUUAUCUGGCACAUCUAAAGCACCAUGAAAAAGUUGGAGAUAAUGAGAGAGUUUAUAAAUGCACCAUCUGCACAUACACUACAGUCAGUGAAUACCACUGGAAAAAACAUCUGCGGAACCAUUUUCCUCGGAAGGUUUACACAUGUUCGCAGUGCUCCUAUUUCUCUGAUCGGAAAAACAAUUACGUGCAACACAUGAGAACACAUACAGGUGAACGGCCUUACCAAUGCCCUCAGUGCCCUUACUCAAGUUCACAGAAAACUCAUCUGACAAGGCAUAUGCGCACACAUUCAGGUGAGAAACCAUUUAAAUGUGAUCAAUGCAACUAUGUUGCGUCAAACCAGCAUGAAGUGACUCGGCAUGCCAGACAAGUUCACAAUGGACCCAAACCGUUAACUUGCCCUCACUGUGAAUACAGAACAGCUGACCGAAGCAACUUCAAAAAGCAUGUUGAGCUCCACGUCAAUCCACGUCAAUUUUUGUGUCCUGUCUGUAAAUACGCAGCUUCCAAAAAAUGCAACUUGCAGUAUCAUAUAAAGUCCAAGCACCCUCAUAGCAGUGAUAUUACCAUGGAUGUGUCCAAGGUUAAACUACGCACCAAACGACUUGAAAAUGACAUCCCUUGUGCCAAAGUGAGCAAGAAAAUGUCAGAAAAGCAGCCACUGAAAGUAAGUGAAACUCUAGCUGACAAAAUUACUACCAAGGUUGAAAAAAAUACGCCCGCUUCAAAAGAGAAAAGCUUGAAGAGUUGGAGGAUGAAAACCCGAAAUUAUGUUUUAAAUGGCAAAGUUUUAAAAAGAAAAAGGGAAAAUGACGUGGAAAAAUUAGUAAAAUUCAAAAGUGGCAAAAGAAGGAGAUGCUCAACAGUGAUGGCGUCGAGCUCACUGCUGGAACCAGCAAAUGAGACUCGUACAAAAAUAAAAAGGAAGAAAAUUCAGAAAGCGAAAGAAUUAGCUGACCCAGAAAAACAGCGGGGGAAAAUUGAGUUGAAACCCUCAAACAAUAAGUACCUUAAAACCAAACAAAAGAAGAAGAAAGACAAGAAAAACAAAAAAAUUAAGGACACGAUUGUACUUUCUGCUGGUUGUAGUUCGAAUGAGGAUACGAAAUGUAACCACGCAGAGGAACAACCAACUGUGGAUUUGCAGAGAAAGGAGGAGUGUUCCAGAAAAUCUUCACGUCGUGUGCCUUCUGAGGAUGUGGGCAGAAGUCAAAACCUGACUUCAGAAGCCUUCACAAAUGCUGUGAUCGGUGAAAGUCAGGUUGAAGCUGUUGAACAAAAUGAAAAUCCUCUGGUGUUGAGGUCUCCAGAAACAUCCUUUGCGGUGCCAAUAGUGCCAAUCGGAAUGGGCGAGACCCAGAGAUCUUCCGACCAGGUAAUGAGUUCUGAAUCUGAGGAACAAACAACUCACAAGGUUGCAAACAAACUUGAGAAGUUGCCUUGUGUAGGAAAAACUGCUAAAACAUGCAUAGAACAACAAACUGAGGUACCGGAUGGUAGCUUAGAGAAAGCAGAGUGUCCGAUUUCACUGGCGAUCUGUGAAGACCUAAAAUAUUCAGAUGCAGUGGAGGUGGAUGGCGAAAUUGGCGUCGCAUCUGUUGUUGAACAAGCAAGAUCUUCUCAGGUGAGUGAUACUGAACUGAUUUCGGAGCCCUCUCGAUCAAAAAGUCCAAAUAACUUCCAGGAUGAUAAAGGCAAGGAUGAAGAUAACAAAAAACAGGAAAAGGACCAAGCCAAGAAUGACAAGGACCAAGGCAAGGAAGACACAAUGGAAAUAGAUGAAGAUGAAGGCAUUCACAGCCAUGAUGGUAGUGAUAUUAGUGAUGAUGUUUCAGAAGGAAGUGAUGACUCUGGUUUGAAUGGAGCAAAAUCCACUGCAGGUGACAAGAUCAGGAAAAGAACACUUGAUGAAGGUGUGAUUAAUGCUCCAGAGAGUUUUGUCUGUAUAUUCUGUGAUCGGGUAUUCAGUGAGAAAGGAGACUAUACCAAGCACCUUAAUCGCCAUUUAGUGAACGUAUACUAUCUUGAGGAAGCAGCAAAAAGCCAGGAGUGAGUAAAAUCUCAUCAAAUGUAAUGGUAUCUGUUACAAGUGACACCAAUCACACAAAUGUGAUGUGACAUGGAGCUUCCAUUGAUUCUGCCUUUGUUUCUCAGAGCUAUUUGUUGCUAACUGCUUGUAUUCUUCACUGACUUCAGUUUCUUAUUUCUAUCGCGAGGUUGUUUAUCACACGUGAGGCUUGGUAGCGGUUUAACCAACCACUGGUUUUGAAUUUUCAUUGCACUAUUAUUGAAGAGAAUAUUUGUCUACUACAGCAGUUCCAUUUCUGUUUCAUCUUAACUGUAAAUAUUUUGUUACACUGGAACACAGACUUUUUUUUUUCUUUGUAAAUGAUCCAGGGUUUAAGCUGACCUACGCUAAUUAAACUUUUUCACCCCUAAAACCCUAAGCUAACCAGUCAUCCUAUGAAAGAAAUCAAACGCAUGAUUUGGAAUGUUUUGCUUCAGCAAAACUGAGAGGCAGAAAAUCCAUUUUGAGUUGAUGAGCUUUCUUUAACGGGCAUUUGAUCCUCUUGUGCUCAAGUUGUGUGUUAUCUUGAUGCGCAGUGCAUGAGAUUUUAGCCCACUUUCAUCUAUUUAUGUUUUAGACAGUACUUCAUUGAAAAUUAGCGAUUUUAUUUUUUAAUCUUAUACGGACAGCAUUUUCUGCAAAACUGCUUCAAGAUUUUUAGACGACUUUUGUAAAGGUUGAUAUAUCCUGCUUUUGCUUCGAAUCACAGAAGUGAGCACUUUGCAAAAUACCUAUUCAUCACACCUCCAGUAACUACUGUUACAAUCCCAUGAUACCUAUUUAGGAGAAUAUAUAGCAAAUAUUUCCUGGUAGCCACACUUCUGUUUCAAGAAGAAACUGUUCAGUAUGAUGGUGCUUAAAGAGCUUAUAAGAUUGCACGAUUUAUAGGUGAUCAACUAUGCAAUUUAGUAAUUACUGUAGCUGUAGAUUUGUUUUUUUUUCUGUAUUUUAUAUUAUUGUGUUCACCAGCAGAUUAGGAUUUGACACUUAACUGAACCACUGUGCAGCAAAAUGUAACUAAUUCAGGAGUUUCUCUAUGUACAGAAAAAAUAAAUGUUAUACCAUCUGUUCUAAACCGUGACAGUUUUUACACCUCCAAAUAAGCCGAGGUGCAACGAUCCUUGUCUUUAUCCACUUUAGUUUAAGGGUGAUCUAGAGUAGGUGCUCGUACGUCAGGCGAGUACUACUGUGCACUAAUGUGUAUAUCCUCUAGUGAUCCAGGAUUUCCCAGCAGUCAUAUAGACUUGUGUAUCGAACUGUUUGGACACAAUUUGUAUCCUUAAUUUGUCUCUAAUCGGCGUUUUGGCCAUUUUUUCAUGUUAAGAUUUUCAUGUAAGAUUCUACAGUAGUGGAUGCUACUAAAAUGCAUCCUGGAUACUUGCUAACAAAUGAUUUGAAUGCAAGGCUUUGAAAGAUUUGCUCACAUCUUAAAGCUUUAGCUAGGGAGUUGGUAUGGCCAAAGAACGUAAAUUACUGUGAUUUUUAGUUUUAUUUUUCCCUUUGACUUUGUUUUGCCUUUUUGACUCGUGUUCAGUAUGCUUUGACAAUCAUGUUGGGAAACUCAAUGUACAUUUAUGAUGAAAUUAAAACUCAUGUUUACGUGGA